GAUUUUAUUUGGUUAGUCACCAUCGUGUUACAACACUGACUGUCCCACCCUACUGUUUUCUGCCCGGAUCUCAUCGGGCACUCCUCUUUCACCUUUCAAUGUUGCCCGAAUCCUAAUCGGGUAGCACCUGCAACUGCAAGUGUGCAACAAGUAACAACUUAUUCAAACUGUUUCUUUUUUUCUUCGAAAAAACAAACAAAACACACACGCAUCGCACGCACGCACAGUGUGAAGAGAGAGAGUUAGAGAGAGAUUCUGAUUUCUCUCCCUAUAAAUUCUCGCUCUCUCUCUCUCUCUCUCUGAUAACACCUACCUCAAUUCUCACCUACAAAGAAAGGUGCAACUUUUUCGAGAUUUUUUCUUUACGUACGGUUUUGAUUUGAAAGAAUGUGGAAGCUUACGCGAUUCUCCGCGUCGUCGUUGCGAUCGCGGUUGUUCUCCACGGCGAUUCCUGCUCCAUGUAUGGUUCAUAAGCGCGGUGCUGAUAUUCUUCACGAUCCUUGGUUCAACAAGGAUACUGGAUUUCCCUUAACUGAAAGGGAUCGUUUGGGACUACGAGGCCUCCUUCCUCCUCGUAUCAUUUCAUUUCAAGACCAAUAUGAUCGUUUUAUGAACUCGUAUAGAUCACUAGAGAAGAAUACCCAUGGCCAAUCGGAUAAAGUUGUUUCCUUAUCCAAAUGGAGGAUCUUAAAUAGACUUCAUGACAGGAAUGAGACUCUGUACUAUAGAGCUCUUAUUGAUAACAUCAAAGAGUUUGCUCCAAUAAUCUAUACUCCUACAGUUGGGUUAGUGUGUCAAAAUUAUUGCGGGUUAUUCAGACGCCCACGUGGAAUGUAUUUUAGUGCCAAAGAUAAAGGAGAGAUGAUGUCAAUGAUCUAUAACUGGCCAGCUCCUCAGGUAGACAUGAUUGUCUUGACAGACGGUAGUCGUAUUCUUGGGUUAGGCGACCUUGGAGUUCAGGGCAUUGGAAUACCUAUAGGAAAACUUGAUAUGUAUGUUGCAGCUGCUGGUAUCAACCCACAAAAAAUACUCCCAGUCAUGCUGGAUGUUGGCACAAACAAUCAAAAGCUACUUGAUGAUCGCCUUUAUUUAGGAGUUCGACAACCUAGGUUGGAAGGUGAAGAGUAUCUGGCGAUUGUGGAUGAAUUCAUGGAAGCUGUUCACGCACGAUGGCCUAAGGCUAUUGUGCAGUUUGAGGAUUUCCAAAUGAAGUGGGCUUUUGAAACCCUGAAACGAUAUCGCCAAAGGUUUUGCAUGUUUAAUGAUGAUAUACAGGGCACAGCUGGUGUUGCACUUGCUGGACUACUGGGAACUGUACGAGCCCAAGGUCGACCGUUGUCUGAUUUUGUGAAACAAAAGAUAGUUAUAGUUGGAGCUGGCAGUGCAGGGCUUGGGGUUCUUAACAUGGCUGUCCAGGCAGUUUCAAGGAUGUCAGGGUGCAGUCAAACCGAAGCUAAAAGUCAAUUUUAUUUAAUUGAUAAAGAUGGUCUUAUCACGACAGAAAGGAGUAAUCUAGAUCCAGCUGCAGUUCCAUUUGCUAGGAAUCCAAGAGAUCUUGAAGGGCUUGCAGAGGGUGCUAGCAUCAUUGAAGUGGUUAAGAAGGUUAAGCCACAUGUGCUGCUUGGAUUGUCUGGGGUCGGUGGCGUUUUUAAUGAGCAGGUUCUUAAGGCAAUGAGAGAAUCUGUUUCAACAAAACCUGCUAUCUUUGCCAUGUCUAAUCCCACUAUGAAUGCUGAGUGCACUGCUAUUGAUGCAUUUAAUCAUGCUGGCGAAAGCAUAGUGUUUGCAAGUGGAAGCCCUUUUGAAAAUGUAGAUCUUGGAAAUGGAAGAGUUGGCUAUGUAAAUCAAGCCAACAACAUGUACCUGUUCCCAGGGAUUGGCUUGGGAUCACUUCUGUCUGGUGCUCGUCAUAUAACAGAUGGAAUGUUGCAGGCAGCAUCUGAAUGCCUUGCUUCAUACAUGACAGAGGAAGAUAUCAAGAAAGGAAUCUUGUAUCCAUGCAUUGAUAGUAUACGAAAUGUUACAGCAGAUGUUGGGGCUGCUGUUCUACGUGCAGCAGUUGCCGAAGGGCUGGCGGAAGGGCAUGGGGUUGUAGGGUCCAAAGAACUUGAACAUAUGUCAAAAGAUGAUACUGUGGAGUAUGUCAGACGAAAUAUGUGGUACCCUGAGUAUAGCCCCCUUGUUCAUGAAAAAUGAACUUUCUUGUGAAGGCCUAGCAUUAUUCAUAUCUCAAAGUGCGUUAUCCAAGCGAGUACUAGUUUUUUUUAUUAAUUACAGCAAGUGAUUCAUGACUGACAAGGUUUACAGAUUUUAAGGUUAAAUAAUGGAGGGGAAAGGGGAAAAAGAAUGUAUCCAUUUAAUGGAGCCGUACAUUGUUGAUGUAAUGAAGUUUUGACUUAAUAUUUCUUCAUUUUUUUUCUUCUUUGAGAAGCUCCACACUACAAGCAUCUAGAUAUCAGGGUCGGGACAUACAUCCCAACUA